UCCUCUUCGGCAAGCAAGGGGGGACGAAGAUCAUCAGGAAAGAUGUUCUUCGUGGCGGGGGCCAAAAGCUCAGGAGGAUCACGGGGAGGAAGUGAAAGGAGGUCUAUUUAUCUGAAAUUUCGGGAUGUAGAUAUACUGGACAAGAAGAAGGCAGUGACAGCGCUGCAGGCUGGAGAGGAUCGGGCCAUUCUUCUGGGACUUGGAAUGAUCCUGUGUUCGGUCAUGAUGUAUUUUGUCCUGGGCAUCACCAUAUUACGCUCCUACGCAGACAGCGUGUGGACAGAGGAGGGUGUGUGUGUUGUCCUGAACUCCACGGUCACAGCAGACAUGAACUGUUCCUACAACUGUGGGUCAGACUGCUGGAGAGUGUCCAAAUACCCCUGUCUGCAGGUCUAUGUGAGCGUCAAUAACACGGGCCAUGUCAGCCGUUUAUCUCACAAUGAAGAGACCCAGGAUGCCAGCUCUGAAUGCUUCUAUGUGCCCCGGUGCCAGAAGGACAGCGUGGCCAUGCACACCAUGAUUAUGAACAUUUCCCAGCGUCUGAAGGCGAACCAGCAGGUGCCGUGUUACUACGACCCCAGCGAGCAGCGGGAGACGGUUCUGCUGACCCGGCUCUACGACCACAACGUCGUGGUCCACUCGCUGCUCUGGCCCUCCUGCAUGCUCACGGGAGGCGCCCUCAUCAUCGUGAUGGUGAAGCUCACGCAGUACCUCUCCAGACUGUGCGAGGAAAUAGGGAAGAUUAAUAGGUGAAGCAGCAGCUGUGAACAUACGGCGGUUUGGCGAUGGCACAUGUGACAUGAGAAGGGGUUGUUUGAACCGGGCGACCUUGCUGUGACCUCUCGCAAACUUUCCUCCUCGGCUGAGACAUUCGGAGCAGCUGACUUUCCCUCCGGAUGUCACUGUUUAUAAAAGUGAACUGAAUGUUCCUGGGUGGAAAUUGCCAGACACGUAACUGUCUGUUACCUAUGACUGGAUUUUGCAUGGUGUUAUAAGUUUUGUGAAAAGCUUAAAGGGGGCUUUGGUUACAAGUGUUUGCCAUACUUAAACAUAGAAUAGCCUAUGUCACAUAUGAUACACAUGACAAUGCCAAUUUUUAUUUAGACUAUGGAGGAAAACACAGCUGUCUGUACCAAAAUAUCCUCUUUGUGGUUGAUAAUGUUGAGAACUGUCAUGUAAUUUGAUAACACUGUGAUUGUUUUCUGAAAUAAUUUCUUAUUUUAUAUCCACUACA